AUGAUGGAGAGCACGGGACGCCUGUCGCGCCCCGAGGGGUGCCCGGCGUUCCCCAGCCUGCAGAUUAGCGCGCGCCAGCGACCGACGUCGGUGGCUCGAGCCUGGAGGGCGGGAGCCAGGCUGCAUGGCGGCCGUGCUGCGAGCCUUGGCCCCGCACCUGGCGGCUUGGGGAGCUGGGGUGGGAAAAUUGGCGCCGGGCGAUUGGCCCUGCCGGUGCUGGCAGCACUGCCCAUGUCCACGGCUUCAGCGGUGGCGACCGCGCCUGCCGCGGAGAUAACCCUGGCGCCACUGGUGCCGGAGCAGCUGCCCGUCCCGGAGGAGUUGGAGCCUCCGGCCGAGGAGGAGGAUGCGACCCCCUCUAGGAACGUUUUCGCGGAGUUUUGGGCCAAUUACAACGCGCUGCUGGCCGAGAAGCCCAUCAUGGUGAAGAGCGCCACGUCGUUCUUCGGGUUCAUGAUUGGGGACAUCUGCGCGCAGACGAUCAUGGGCGGCGCCUAUGACCCCUUCCGGACGGCGAGGCUCACGGCGUUCGGCGUGCUGAUGGACGGGCCGGUUGGGCACUGCUGGUACUCGACUCUGGACAAGCACGUCAUGCCGGAAGACCCCAAAUGCACCAAGGCAAUCGUCAUGAAGACGGCCUUGGACCAGCUCGUCUGGGCGCCCUUCUUCAGCUGUGUGUUCUUCACUUUCAUCAGGACCCUGGAGGGCCAUCCAGAGGCUGCGCUCUCCACCAUUCAGAGCGAGCUUGUGCCGACCAUUGUGGCGAACUAUGCCCUCUGGCCCCUUGCUCAUCUCAUCAACUUCCGAUUUGUCCCAUCCGAGCAACGCAUACUGUACAUCAACUUUGUACAGAUCUUGUGGACGUCUUAUCUGUCAAACCUGGCCAACAAUGGCCACACGAGUAUGUUCCACCACUAG